UUUCCUGGCUCCGUCCCUGGUCUUCAAGGUUACAAGGUAUUUAUCGCCAUAGCCAUGAUCGUAGGUGAUGGUCUAUAUAACUUCGUCAAGGUUCUAAGUCUAACCACCAUAGGUUUGUCUCAUCAGUUUCGGCAAAAAGAUGUGAGCUCUGAUCUCCCCACUGUAGGCCAUUCUUCUGAUCAUGUGAGCUCUCAGGUUUCAUAUGAUGACAAGCGCCGAACCCAACUCUUUCUCAGAGAUCAAAUUCCAGCAUGGUUUUCCACUGGAGGUUACGUUGCUUUUGCUGCCAUCUCUACAGCCACUCUUCCACAUAUCUUUCACCAGCUCAAGUGGUAUUACAUAUUGGUCAUGUACAUAUUUGCACCCAUAUUGGCUUUCUGCAAUGCAUAUGGUAAUGGGCUCAUUGAUUGGUCCCUAGUAUCCAUGUAUGGAAAGCUUGCCAUCUUUAUCAUUGGAGCAUGGUCUGGUGCCUCUCAUGGUGGAGUUCUUGUAGGGCUAGCAGCUUCUGGGGUUAUGAUGAACAUUGUCUCAACAGCCUCUGACCUAAUGAUGGACUUUAAGACUGGCCACUUGACACUUGCUUCACCCCGUUCCAUGUUUGUGAGCCAACUAAUUGGCACAACAAUGGGUUGCAUAAUUUCCCAUUGUGUCUUUUGGCUCUUUUACAAGGCCUUUGAUGACAUUGGGCUACCUGGAAGUCAAUAUCCUGCCCCGAAUGCUGUUGUGUACCGUAACAUGGCUUCGCUGGGAGUAGAGGGCAUCUCAAGUCUACCAAGGAAUUGCCUUCUACUCUGUUAUGUGUUUUUUGGUGCAGCCAUUUUGAUAAAUUUUAUUAGAGAUUUAGCGGGUAAGAAGUGGCGACAGUUCAUUCCACUUCCAAUGGCUAUGGCAAUACCUUUCUAUAUAGGAUCAUAUUUCGCCAUUGAUAUGUGUGUUGGAAGCUUAAUAUUGUUCGUGUGGGAGAAAAUAAACAAGGCCAAGGCAGAUGCUUUUGGGCCUGCAGUAGCUUCUGGUUUGAUAUGUGGAGAUGGGAUAUGGACUUUGCCAGCUUCUAUCCUUGCUCUAGCUGGGGUUAAGCCACCAAUCUGCAUGAAGUUUUUGUCACGAGGAACAAAUAUUACGGUGGAUAAUUUUUUAACACCACAGGGCUAAAUGUGAUAAAUGAAUGUGAAGUCUUUAAAGCAAUUAAGUUUUUAGCAUGUAAUAUAAGGGUUAGGGUUUUGUCCGUUUAUUUAUUUAAGUGAACGUUUGUACUCCUAUU